AAAUCGCAGUGGAGCUACCGACCUAACCGACGAGACGAGCGUCUGUGGAGAAGUCGCUCGCUCCGCGCUGGUCUCGUGGGUCCUGCCGGUUCAGUCGCUUGCAGGGUUCUCGAGCCCUUUCCACGGCCGUCACCAUGGAGGUGUCACCAUUGCAGCCUAUAAAUGAGAAUAUGCAAAUCAGCAAGACAAAGAAAAAUGAAGAUGCUAAGAAAAGACUGUCUAUUGAAAGAAUCUAUCAAAAGAAAACGCAAUUGGAACAUAUUUUGCUCCGUCCAGACACCUACAUUGGCUCUGUGGAAUUAGUGACCCAGCAAAUGUGGGUUUACGAUGAAGAUAUUGGCAUUAACUAUAGGGAAGUCACUUUUGUUCCUGGUUUGUACAAAAUCUUUGAUGAGAUUCUAGUCAACGCUGCAGACAACAAACAAAGGGACCCAAAAAUGUCUUGUAUUAGAGUCACAAUUGACCCGGAAAACAAUUUAAUUAGUAUAUGGAAUGAUGGAAAAGGUAUUCCUGUUGUUGAACACAAAGUAGAGAAGAUGUAUGUCCCAGCUCUCAUCUUUGGACAGCUCUUAACUUCUAGUAACUAUGAUGAUGAUGAAAAGAAAGUAACAGGUGGUCGAAAUGGCUAUGGAGCCAAAUUGUGUAACAUAUUCAGUACCAAAUUUACUGUGGAAACGGCCAGUAGAGAAUACAAAAAAAAGUUCAAACAGACAUGGAUGGAUAACAUGGGGAGAGCCGGUGAGAUGGAACUCAAGCCCUUUAAUGGAGAAGAUUAUACAUGUAUUACCUUCCAGCCUGAUCUGCCUAAAUUUAAAAUGCAAAGCCUAGACAAAGACAUUGUUGCACUAAUGUUUAGAAGAGCAUAUGAUAUUGCUGGGUGCACUAAAGAUGUCAAAGUCUUUCUCAAUGGAAAUAAGCUGCCAGUAAAAGGAUUCCGUAGCUAUGUGGAUAUGUAUUUGAAGGAUAAGGUAGAUGAAACUGGCAAUGCAUUGAAAGUUAUUCAUGAACAAGUAAACCACAGGUGGGAAGUAUGUUUAACAAUGAGUGAAAAAGGCUUUCAACAAAUUAGCUUUGUCAACAGCAUUGCUACUUCCAAGGGUGGCAGACAUGUUGAUUAUGUAACUGAUCAGAUUGUGACUAAACUUGUUGAUGUUGUGAAGAAGAAGAACAAGGGCGGUGUUGCAGUAAAAGCACAUCAGGUGAAAAAUCACAUGUGGAUUUUUGUGAAUGCCUUAAUUGAAAACCCAACCUUUGACUCUCAGACGAAAGAAAACAUGACUUUACAAGCCAAGAGUUUUGGAUCAACAUGCCAAUUAAGUGAAAAAUUCAUCAAAGCUGCAAUUGGCUGUGGUAUUGUAGAAAGCAUUCUAAACUGGGUGAAGUUUAAGGCUCAAGUCCAGUUAAACAAGAAGUGUUCAGCUGUAAAACAUAACAGAAUCAAGGGAAUUCCCAAACUUGAUGAUGCCAAUGAUGCAGGGAGCCGAAACUCUUCUGACUGCACACUUAUUCUGACUGAGGGAGACUCAGCUAAAACCUUGGCUGUUUCAGGCCUAGGUGUGGUUGGAAGAGACAAGUACGGGGUUUUCCCUCUUAGAGGAAAAAUACUCAAUGUUCGAGAAGCUUCUCAUAAACAGAUAAUGGAAAAUGCCGAAAUUAAUAACAUCAUAAAGAUUGUGGGUCUUCAGUACAAGAAAAACUAUGAAGAUGAAGAUUCACUGAAGACUCUUCGUUAUGGGAAGAUAAUGAUUAUGACAGAUCAGGACCAAGAUGGUUCCCAUAUCAAAGGCUUGCUGAUUAAUUUUAUCCAUCACAACUGGCCCUCUCUUCUGCGACAUCGUUUUCUGGAGGAAUUUAUCACUCCCAUUGUAAAGGUGUCUAAAAACAAGCAAGAAAUAUCUUUCUAUAGUCUUCCUGAAUUUGAAGAAUGGAAGAAUUCCACACCAAAUCAUAAAAAAUGGAAAGUCAAGUAUUACAAAGGUUUGGGCACCAGCACAUCAAAAGAAGCUAAAGAAUACUUUGCAGAUAUGAAAAGACAUCGUAUCCAAUUCAAAUAUUCUGGUCCUGAAGAUGAUGCUGCAAUCAGCUUGGCCUUUAGCAAAAAACAGACAGAUGAUCGAAAGGAAUGGUUAACUCAUUUCAUGGAGGACAGAAGACAACGGAAGCUACUUGGCCUUCCUGAGGAUUACUUGUAUGGGCAAACUACCACAUAUCUGACGUACAAUGACUUCAUAAACAAGGAACUUAUCCUGUUCUCAAAUUCUGAUAACGAGAGAUCUAUCCCAUCUAUGGUGGAUGGUUUGAAACCAGGUCAAAGAAAGGUUUUGUUUACGUGUUUCAAACGGAAUGACAAGCGAGAGGUGAAGGUUGCCCAGUUAGCUGGUUCAGUGGCUGAGAUGUCCUCUUAUCAUCAUGGUGAGAUGUCACUAAUGAUGACCAUUAUCAAUUUGGCUCAGAAUUUUGUGGGUAGCAAUAAUCUGAACCUCCUGCAGCCCAUUGGUCAGUUUGGCACCAGGCUGCAUGGUGGCAAGGAUUCUGCUAGUCCUCGAUACAUCUUCACAAUGCUCAGUCCUUUGGCUCGGUUGUUAUUUCCACCAAAAGAUGAUAACACAUUAAAGUUCUUAUAUGAUGACAACCAACGUGUGGAGCCUGAAUGGUAUAUUCCCAUUAUACCCAUGGUGCUGAUAAAUGGUGCUGAAGGAAUUGGUACUGGGUGGUCCUGCAAAAUCCCCAACUUUGAUAUUCGUGAAGUUGUGAAUAACAUCAGGCGUCUGAUGGAUGGAGAAGAACCUUUGCCAAUGCUUCCAAGUUAUAAGAACUUCAAGGGUACUAUUGAAGAGCUGGCUCCAAAUCAAUAUGUGAUUUGUGGUGAAGUGGCUAUUCUUAAUUCCACAACCAUUGAAAUCUCAGAGCUUCCCAUCAGAACAUGGACCCAGACAUACAAAGAACAGGUGCUAGAACCCAUGCUGAAUGGCACUGAGAAGACGCCACCUCUCAUAACAGAUUAUAGGGAAUACCAUACAGAUACCACUGUGAAGUUUGUUGUGAAGAUGACUGAAGAAAAACUGGCUGAGGCUGAGAGAGUUGGACUACACAAAGUCUUCAAACUCCAAACUAGUCUUACAUGCAACUCUAUGGUGCUUUUUGAUCAUGUAGGCUGUUUAAAGAAAUAUGAAACAGUGCUUGAUAUUCUAAGAGACUUCUAUGAACUCAGGCUUAAGUAUUAUGGAUUAAGAAAAGAAUGGCUUCUAGGAAUGCUUGGCGCUGAAUCUGCUAAACUGAACAAUCAGGCCCGCUUUAUCUUAGAGAAAAUAGAUGGCAAAAUAAUCAUUGAAAAUAAGCCCAAAAAAGAAUUAAUUAAAGUUUUGAUUCAGAGGGGAUAUGAUUCGGAUCCUGUGAAGGCUUGGAAAGAAGCCCAGCAAAAGGUUACAGAAGAAGAAGAAAAUGAAGAGAGUGACAAUGAAAAGGAAACUGAGAAAAGUGACUCUACAACUGGACCAACUUUCAACUACCUUCUUGAUAUGCCUCUGUGGUACCUAACUAAAGAAAAGAAAGAUGAACUGUGUAAACAAAGAAAUGAAAAAGAACAAGAGCUGGAAACAUUAAAGAGAAAGAGUCCAUCAGAUUUGUGGAAAGAAGACUUGGCUGCUUUUAUUGAAGAGCUGGAGGCUGUUGAAGCCAAGGAAAAACAAGAUGAACAAGUAGGACUUCCUGGGAAAGGGGGGAAAGGAAAAGGGAAAAAAACACAAAUGGCUGAAGUUUUGCCUUCCCCAAGUGGAAAAAGAGUCGUCCCCAUGGUGACCACAGAGAUGAAAGCAGAGGCAGAAAAGAAGAUUAAAAGGAAAAUUAAGAAUGAAAAUACUGAAGGAAGCCCUCAAGAGGACAGUGUGGAACCAGGAAGCCUAAAACAAAGAUUAGAGAAGAAACAGAAAAGAGAACCAGGUAUCAAGACAAAGAAACAAAGUACAUUGCCAUUUAAACCAAUCCAAAAAGGAAAGAAGAGAAACCCCUGGUCUGAUUCAGAAUCAGAUAUGAGCGGUAAUGAAAGUGAUUUUGAUGUCCCUCCACGAGAAAUAGAGCCACGAAGAGCAGCAACAAAAGCCAAAUUCACAGUGGAUUUGGAUUCAGAUGAAGAUUUUUCAGAUAUUGAUAAAAAAAGUGAAGAUGAAAAUUUUGUUCCAUCAGAUGCUAGUCCAGUUAAGACCAAAACUUCCCCAAAACAUACAGACAAAGAACUGAAGCCACAGAAGAGCGCCACGUCAGGUCAGUCUUCCACCUCCACUACAGGUGCCAAAAAAAGGGCUGCACCAAAAGCAGCCAAAAAGGAGCAAAGCUUGACUUCUGAUGUCCCUCAAAAACCUGAUCCCCCCAAAACCAAGAUUCGCCGCAAAAGGAAGCCAUCCACUUCUGAUGAUUCCGAUUCUAAUUUUGAGAAAAUGAUUUCUAAAACAGUUACAAGCAAGAAAUCCAAGGGGGAGAGUGACUUCCAUCUGGACUUGGACUCAGCUGUGGCUCCUCGGGCAAAAUCUGUACGGACAAAGAAACCUAUUAAGUACCUCGAAGAAUCAGAUGAAGAUCUGUUUUAAAACUAUGUUAAGUAAUGAUUUAAAAUUACCUCAAUCUUUUUUUGUUUGUUUCCUCCCCUGUGAAUUUAGUUUGGGGAAGCUAGUUUUAAUCUGGAAUCAUCGAAGUGAAGUGUCUAGACCACAAUGGCAAUGUCCCUUAUCCCUUUAUAACACCAUCUAGUGGGUGGCCCAUCUCAUGGGCACUGUUUUCUCUGCUUUGUCUAUGUUUUUAGUCUGUUUUUCCUUUUGUCUUUAAAAUCUGAUUUCUAUCUACUGUACCUCCUUUGCUACUUUUAUAAAUAUGAGAUAAAGCAUGAUUAAUUCUCUGUUUUCUCUUCGUUAUAUAAGUAAUUUUCCAUCAGAUAGAAUUUUGUAGUUCUAGUACAAAAUAUAUGCCCCACUCAGCCUUUUUUGAAUUUUUGUUCAAGUAAUAAGUUGUUUAAAUGCUUCAUAUUCUUCAGAAUAUCAGCAGAAGCUAAAG